CAGAGGUAUUUCAGAGAAUGUUUGUGUCAUAUUUAAUGAGAAAAGAUGAGAACACAAACAACCCAAUAAGAGACUAUAUUUAAGUUAUGACAAAACUGUGGAUGAACAACAGUCAUAUGUGUUAGUGCCAUUGCAACUGUCUAUUCCGAUGCUUUUGUGGACAAUGGGGACGAACCAGUUGUUACUGCAUGCCCUCUUGGGUAUAAUGGCUUUUGGUCUAUUCCCAAAACUUGAAGCUCAGGAUGCUUUGGCUGUUGGGAAGAGAGAUAUAAUUUUCCUCAUUGACAGUAGCAUGGGUACCAUCGUAGUCAAUGCAGUGCGAGAAUUCAUCAAAAGGUUUAUUGACACCAUGCCAAUUGGACCUGAUCAGGUGCAGGUCGGAGUGGCCAUGUUUUCCACCACCCCAAGAUCAGAGAUCAACCUCAACUCAUUCAGUUCAAAAGAAACCCUAAUCACUGGUCUCGCAAAAAUAAAACCCAAACCUUCGUUGAAGUCAACAUUGGUGCUGCCCUGGAUUUUGUGAGAACCAACAUGCUCAGAGCUGAGAGUGGGAGCCGCAUUGAAGAUCAAGUGCCACAGCUUGUGUUGCUCCUGACCACUAAAAAAUCUAAAGACAGUGUCCAACAGCCAGCUGAAGCUCUUCGUCAAAUGGGUGUUCUUACUUUGGCUGCUGGCUCCAGAGCUGCUGAAGAGGCUGAGCUCAGACAAAUAGCUUUUGAUGACAGUGUGGUUUUCAUGCUGAAGGACUUCAGGAUGUUGCUGCGUAACCCCAGAGAAAUCAUCUCCCCUCUCUCUACAUUGUCUGGUGUUGUUGUGUCAGAGGAUCCAACUGAAAUGGAUUCAAAGACAGUGUUGAUCGUGUACGCGCACCAGAGUGCAGGAUCUUUCAAUGCGGCCGCGAAAGAUGCUGCUGUGGAUGUGCUGAAGAAACAGGGCUUCAAUGUGCUUGUGUCUGACCUGUAUGAAAUGAGAUUCAAGGCCACAGCAACCAAAGAAGAUAUUACUGGACCAUUGAAGAACCCAGAACACUUUUGCUAUGAAGAAGAGACCAUGCUGGCCUGGCAGGAUGGGCGACUAGCUUCUGAUAUCUUAGAGGAGCAAAAGAAACUAAAAGAAGCAGAUAUUGUUAUCUUUCAGUUUCCCAUGUACUGGUUCUCUGUUCCUGCCAUCAUGAAAGGUUGGAUGGAUCGGGUCCUUACCCUUGGUUUUGCUUACACUUUGGAAAAACGCUACAGUGAGGGCAUCUUCAGGGAAAAGAAAGCCAUGUUAUCCUUCACCACUGGCUCCCAUGAGACCAUGUUCAACUCCAAUGGGAUCAAUGGAGACAUGAAUGUUACUCUGUGGCCAGUUCAGAAUGGUGUCCUCAACUACUGUGGCUUCCAGGUCCUCGCACCACAGAUCUUCCGGACACCGACACAUCUCUCUGCUGAGGCUCGUGGCAGCCUGUUGGAAGGCUGGCGUACUCGUCUUCAAGGUCUCUUUAGUGAAGUGCCACUCGCCUUCCCACCAGUAGACUUGUCUCAAAGCUAAUUUUUUUUUGUAGUGCUUUACCUGGAUAACAGUAGUUUAAUCCAUGGAAUCACAGAGCUUGACAGUGAAAAGUCUGUAUUGCACAUAUUUAAGAGCAGGUAAACAGGCAGCUCAUACAUGGAGAAUCUCUUUGUGAACAUUAAAAAUAAAAGCAAAAGUAUAAUAAA